CGACCCCCACCACUCAAUGCUGUGCCGUAUUUCAAGCAUGGUGCACAUCAUGAUGUGAUUUCUCAAACCAGGCAACAAGAAGCUCAGGUGCAGCCUCAGUUGUGUUUUUUUGACCAGUUCUCCAUGUUUUGAUGUCACUAAAUAUUGUAACCAAGGAUCAUAAUUCUGCCGGGAUGGAGAAUAUAUUGCAGUCUACAAUUGGUGAAUUAUGCCGCAACGGCAGCGACAAUCAAUUCGGUCCGCGCGUCGACGUUUCUUGUCGCCCUUUCGACUUCACGCUCUUGUUUGAGGACAUUUUCUUCGCUGCAUUACCCGCGACAAUUUUCCUUUGCGUUUUGCCUUUGCGCUUACGCACAUUGUGGAAGUGUCCAAACGAGGCAAGCUCACACAAGCGUGCAACAUGGAAAUUUGUUUUUUACACCGUGCUUUUAGCUUUCCAUGUGCUUCAGCUGGCAUUCCGUCUACAGGAGCCCCAGCUGAACACUUCCAUGUCAACCGCCUCGGAAUGUGUCAUGACUGUCAUGGUAAUAGCCGCCGGCGUGUUAUCGUAUCUUGAGAACCAGCGCUCAAUUCGACCUUCGGACCUUUUGGUUCUGUAUUUCUCGGCGUCCAGUCUUCUUUCCGUCCCAGGUCUUCGUUCAUAUUGGUUAGCUCAGUCCUCCACGAUACUUAGGUCUCUGACGACUGUUACUUGGUUGAUGACGACCCUUGCUGUAUUCCUCGAGUCCGCCCAGAAGACCGAUCUUGUGCGACCUGUGGAAAAAGGUGCUUCGAAAGAGCAGCUUGUAGGUUUAUGGAGUCGUGUAUUCUUUUCGUGGGCUCUGCCCUUUCUACGGCACGGAUACUCCAGUAUCCUCACCAUUGCCCAAGUUCCGCGCGUUGAUCACGAAUUAAGAGAAGAUGUAACUUGGAAUAAGCUGCAAUCCUACUGGCAUAGUGUUAAGAAGGGAAAUUAUCGAUUGCUGAGAGCGACGUUUUGGUCACAUCUGUGGCUGUUCGUCUCUGCUGUUCCACCACGCCUUGCCUUGUCUGCGUUCGUUUUUUGUCAACCGUUUCUUAUCAGUUCAUCUGUAUCAUAUUUGGCUACUGAGGCUCAGAACCGUGCUGAUGAAUACUUUGCACCGUCCCUCAUUGGUGCUUUUGUUCUUGUCUACCUUGGAAUUGCUGUAUCACGUGCUUUAUAUUGGCGACAAACUAAUCGCACAAUUGUCAGUAUCCGGUCAUGUUUAAUAGCCAUGGUAUACCGUCAUGCGACAGGCCUGAGGGCAGCCAGUCUCAAGAAUACGGCCAUUGUCACCUUGAUGGGCACCGAUGUAGAAAGGAUUGCUCAAAGCCUGAGACUAAUUCAUGAGCUCUGGGCAUCGUUCUUGGAGCUUGGUAUAGCCUUCUGGCUCUUAGAGCGACAAAUGUCUUGGGCUUUUCUAGUACCGUUGAUUAUCACUUUAGCAUCUGUGUUGAUGACUUGGGGGUUAUCUAAUCGCGUUGGUCCAGCUCAGGCCGCAUGGAAUGAAUGCGUCCAGCACAGGAUCGCAGUAACGUCAUCCAUGCUAAGUAACAUGAAGACUGUCCGUAUGCUAGGUAUGACCAAAACCAUAAAAAAUUCCGUUACAAAGCUCAGGGAGCUCGAACUUCAAACGUCAGAGAGGUUCCGCGUGCUUCUCAUAUGGCAGAUCCUCCUGGGGAAUGCUCCUGUGACAAUUGCGCCAUUCAUCACUUUUGUUGUUUAUGCCAUUAUCGCAGUGGCUACUAAGAGCGAGGCCUUAAUAUCGGCUCAGGCCUUUGCAUCACUUUCUUUGAUAAGCCUUGCAACAUCUCCAUUGAUCAAAUUCUGCCAAGCAUUGCCAAAUCUUGCCCAAGCUGCCGCGUGCUUCGGUCGUAUUCAGGAUUUCUGUUUAAAAGAAGCCAACUUACCAGUACUGAACACUUCAACACCUUCCACCGAUUCAUGCAAUGAUACUCUCGUCCUUCGCGAGAUGAGUCCUAUACAGUAUGGGGACGAUGGUGUCUUGAUGCGUUUUGAGCGAGCGGAUAUCGCAUGGGAUUCAAACUCUGGCUCUGUGUUGCGAAAUCUUACCUUCAGGCUCUGCUCCGGACUGACUGCUAUUACUGGGCCAGUUGCAUCGGGGAAGUCGACUUUGCUAUGGACUAUGCUGGGAGAGACGAUAUUAAAAGCUGGUUCCAUGACUUCAGCUGUGAGAGAAGCAGCAUUUUGUGCUCAGGUGCCGUGGAUUAUGGAUGACACCAUUCGUCACAAUAUCACGCUUGGCUUGGAGUUUGACGAAGAAUGGUACAAUUUUUCGAUCGCCUCCUCUUGUCUUCAGAAAGAUCUGAUGGAAUUGCCCCGAGGUGACGCGACGUCUGCUGGAAGUGACGGUGCUUCUCUCAGUGGAGGUCAAAGGCAACGAGUUGCCCUUGCUCGUGCUAUCUAUUCUAGACUACCCAUCGUAAUUCUUGACAAUAUAUCAAGCGGACUUGAUGCCAGGACCGCUAGCGCCUUGUGCAACCGACUCUUUCGAUAUGAUGGCCAUUUUCGCCGGGCCGGCAUAUCGGUGGUUAUUGCAACAAAUGACGAGAGAUUUCUUCGGUAUAUGGAUACUAUCUUAAUUCUGGAAGGUGGCAAUGUCCUCCGUUCAGGAAGCUAUCAGGAGCUUUUUCGCGCUGGACUUGUUGAGCAGGAUAGUUCUAGUGAAACGUUGAUGGAGGUUGCCCGCACAAGUUCAAGUGACUCAAGCAGAUUCACACAGCAGGAAACACGUCAUCAAGCGAUACAUGAUCAAACGGAGGCACCUUCAGACUUCGACGCAAGACCAAACGGAAACUGGUCAGUCUAUGCUUACUAUGGGCGAAGUGCCGGAGCUCGUUCCAUAUUAGCCUGGGCUAUCUCACUCUUCGUAGGUGCUGCCUGUAACGGAGUAAUAACCAUAUGGAUUGAAGAGUGGACGGAGGCAAAUCAGAUACAACCAAAUCAUCGACUCGGUUACUAUCUAGGCAUUUAUGCUGUUUUCGUGAUUCUCACCAAUAUCAGUACAGCAGGCGAGCUAUGGUUCUCCUUCAUGAGGAUUAUCAGCGAUACUGCGUUGAAGCUGCACUCGGACCUCUUAAAUACUACAUUAAGGGCUCCGAUUUCUUUUUUUCAACAACAAGAUAUUGGAAGGAUACUUAAUAGAUUUAGCCAAGACAUGGAUAUGAUCGACAUGGUUCUGCCUAUGCAGGCAGCUCAGUUUACUACAGGCGCAGCUUAUGGCACCGUCCAGCUCGUCAUUCUCUGUGUUCUGGGUAGAUACUUGACUGCCACGGUCCCAGCCUGUGCAGGCGUUUUGUUCUUUCUGCAGAGAUAUUACCUUCGUACUUCACGACAACUCCGUUUGAUCGACAUUGAAGCCAAAGCACCGCUGUACAAGCACUUCAUUGAGACUUUGUCGGGAGUUACUACCAUUCGCAUGUUUGGGAGAGGCCCAGCUUUUCAUCAACAGCACCAACAGAUGCUGGACUCAGCUCAGGCACCUUAUUAUAUGUUAUUAUGUAUUCAGCAGUGGCUCGUACUAGUAUUGGAUCUUAUAGUGGGAGCACUUGCGGUUAUCAUAGCCGCUAUAGCUUUAUCACCCUCUAGGCUGUCGUCAGAUAGUAGUAUCAGCGCAGGGGACCUAGGUGUGGCAUUAGUCACUAUUCUGCAGUUCAACAGUUUACUUUCUCAAACUGUACAGACAUGGACCAAGUUGGAGACAUCAAUAGGAGCAGUGUCUCGGGUACAUAACUUUUUGAAAGACACACCCCAAGAACCUGUCGGCCACCUUGCCAUACAGACGGAGUGGCCACCUCUGGGGUCAAUUCGAUUUGAGAACGUCGUCGCAGGUUAUGUUACCCAAGAUCUUCCCGUCUUGACGGACUUGAAUCUGAGUAUUGGUCCCGGAGAGAAGAUUGCUAUUUGUGGCCCGUCGGGCAGCGGCAAAUCCACAAUUCUCCUGGCUCUGCUCCGUAUGAUCGAUAUUCAGGGCAACAUAAUUAUCGACAACAUCAAUAUUUCUCACCUGUCCGGCGAUGAUUUACGCUCGAGACUAAACGUUUUACCACAAGAGUCCUUUUUUCUUCCAGGCACCAUUAAAUCAAACUUGGAUGUAAGGGGAUUGUCUUCGAUGGAUGCCGUACAAGUAGCAGUUGAAAGAGUUGGACUUUGGAACAGAGUGCGCAGUCUUGGAGGACUGGAGGCUAACUUGGACCCUUCUCAGUGGUCUCAAGGUGAAAAGCAACUCUUGUGUCUGGCUCGAGCCAUCUUGACGCCAAGCAAGGUGCUGAUUUUAGAUGAGGCUACCAGCAGUGUCGACGAUAAGACUGAAUCAAUCAUGCUCGAUGUGAUUGGAAGCACAUUCAGAGAGCAGACCAUUAUUUCGGUUGUCCACCGUUACGCCAGAAUAGAACAGUACGAUCGCGUUGCAGUGCUUAAAGAAGGCAAGAUAGUCGAGUACGAUACACCUCAGACUCUGUUGAGCCACGAUUCUGUGUUCGGAGAGCUGUUCCGAGCGUAUGAGUCUAAGCAAUUUGAAAGAAAUUGAAUUUCGAAGCCAUCAACACACUGAGGCUUGAAUCCCUCUCUAUACAGGUGUCAUAUUUGAGUAUGCUGGCAAGUGGUGUAUAUAAAAGUUCACGGACACUACAGAUCGCUUCUAAUGGGCU